AUGGCCCUCAAUCUUCACUUCGCUGCUACGCUGCUCCUCUUGCUGCAACCCACUGGCGCUCACGCUCAAACCGCUGCAAACAUUACAUCUGGAUAUCCCCCAUGCGACGCUUUGAUAACCGGCAACCUUGGGCAUGCCGUCCAUCUCGCAGACUCACCUCAGUAUCCCAGCCUCGUCAACGGCUCAUGGGCACCCUCGACUCGCAAGAGCCCCUUCUGCUUCGUACAGCCUAGCUCAACGGAGGAAGUCUCGCGUACCCUCUCGAUUCUUAACAAGGCCGGCGGCGGCGCAGGCGACUGGCACAUUGCGUUGCGCAGUGGUGGCCACGGCACACACAACUGCAAUAACAUCGACACUGGCGUCACCAUUGACCUGACGAUGCUCAACACCUCAACCUACGACGCGACAACUAACAUUGCGAGUAUCGGCACAGGCGCCCGCUGGGGCCAAGUCUACGGCGACCUGCUCCAGCACGGUGUCAGUGUUGUCGGAGGCCGCGAGGGCGUUGUGGGUGUCGGUGGUCUCAUCCUAGGCGGCGGGGUCUCGUGGUAUACCCCUAAGAGAGGAUUUGCGUGCGACAGCGUCGUCAACUACGAGGUCGUACUGGCAGACGGGUCCAUCAUCCAAGCGAACCGGUCGUCCCACUCGGACCUGUGGCGCGCACUGAAGGGUGGCGGCGCCAACUUUGGCAUCGUUACAAGGUUCGAUAUCGAGGCGUUCCCAGCGGUGAAUGUAAUCAAGGCGACGAGAACCGUCAGUAUGGAUCAUGUGGACGAAGUGAUCGAUGCGAUUGUGGAGUUCACAGACCGAGAUGCGUCAUUUGCGGAUAACUACCUGCUGACUGCGUUCAACUAUAAUCCUGCAGCUAACGCCACUACGAUUACUAUCACGGAGGUCAACACAGCCAACAACGCUAGUACGGAGGCAUUUGAUACGGUAAACCGUAUUCCCACGGUGCGGGAAUCCGUCGAGCCAAAGUCCAUGACGCUCGCUGCCUCCUCGCAUAGCUCUGCGCUGACUGACGACAUGCUGACUGUCGGUGCCGGGCCUAUAACCGUUAUCAACGAGGCUAAAGUGCUAAAGUAUAUCGUAAGCCAGUAUGACCGCUUUGUGCAGGACAUUGCAAAGGCAGUGGACGCAAGUAACUUUAGUACAAUCUUUGACCUGCAGCCAAUUUCCACCAACGCUGCAACCUAUGGCGCACACAAGGGUGGCAACAUGCUAGGACUCGAUACUUGCAAUCGCAGCAGGAUCCUCGCGGCUUUCGGAGCUAUUCUCUUCGAGGGACAGCACAGCAAGAGGGACGUCGCUCGGAUCUACCAGCUUGCUGCUGCUGCCAACCAGCGAAUCAAGGCGUAUGCUGCUUCAAUUGGGGCCCUCGAUCGCUUUGUGUAUCUGCCCUACGCAGACGCCUCGCAGGAUCCUCUGAGUAGCUAUGGCGUGAACAAUACGGAGCACAUUCGCAAGGUUGCGCACAAGUUUGAUCCCCAUGGCUUUUUCCAGCACCGGGUUCCGGGUGGCUUCAAGAUCAGCCGAACUGUCAAAGGCGCGUGGGGCAGCCAGUAA